AGAAAUGGCUCACUGCGACUCUUACGUUUGUAAGAGUAGGCUGUUACUGUGGCCAGCAGUGGACGUCCAUUAGUUACCCAUCAGGGCACUCCAGUAGGUUUUACGGCUAUUUGUUCUUUAAACUUUUAGUAGUUUCAAUCGCAAAAGAAGUGAUAGAAAAGUAACAAUCUUGGAUGGGCACUAAAACACGCCAUCAGCUCAGUUCUCGCUUUGAACAAGACUUGGAUACUUACUUAGAAAAUACCGUGCCCGGCUACUUCCGUAUGAAUUGUGUUUAGAUGCAUAUUAACGAGCUGUACCUUGUCCGCAGCAGCCAGCUAUGCGCGCCUAGGCAGCGGCACCCAGACUCGGCGCCAUGUUCGGCGGCGGUGGUGGCGCGUACGGCGGCGACUGCGGCGACGGCUACGGGCUGGGCUACGUGGCGGGCGGCACGCGCCUGCAGCAGUACGCGCACUUCGCGCCGCACCAGACGUGGCACCACCACGCCGCGCACCACGACUCCUACGGCAGCAGCGGAGUGGGCAGCGUGGGCGGUGUGAGCGGCGUGGGCGGCGUGGGCAGCGUGGGCGGCGUGGGCGGCGGGCUGUACGGUCAGAACAUGGUGAUGGGCUCGUGGUGCGCGCCCUACGACGCCUUGCAGCGGCCGCCAGCAUACGAUGGCGUGCUGGAGGCGUACGAGGAGGGCCGCGAGUGCGUGAACUGCGGCGCCAACAACACGCCGCUGUGGCGCCGCGACGCCACGGGCCACUACCUGUGCAACGCGUGCGGCCUGUACCACAAGAUCAACGGCGUCAACCGGCCGUUGGUCAAGCCGAGCAAGCGGCUGUCUGCGGCGCGGCGGCACGGCCAGUGCUGCACCAACUGCGGUUCGCGCAACACCACGCUGUGGCGGCGCAACAACGACGGCGAGCCCGUGUGCAACGCGUGCGGCCUCUACUACAAGCUGCACGGCAUCAACAGGCCCUUAGCGAUGCGAAAAGAUGGGAUACAAACAAGGAAACGAAAGCCCAAGAAGUCAGCGAACGGCGUCAAGCCACAAGAUGGCGCCAAAAAGGAUGGCCACAGCUCACCUGGAAUUGACGACAGCAAGCCCAGCAUAGCAGAGGUGCCGCUGCCGCUCACGGCCGCCAUGGCGGGCUCGGCGGGCGCCAAGGGCCGCGAGCCCGCGCCGUCGCCGCACGCGCACGCGCACCCGCACGCGCACGCGCAGUGCGCGCAGUACGCGGGGCACGGCGGCCUGGCGCUGCCGGCGGCGCCCGCCUUCCUGUCCAACCCGUCGCUGUUCAGCAUCAAGAGCGAGCCCAGCGCGCCGCCCGGCUACGACGGCUACGCGCACGGCGCCGCCGGCCCGCACCACGCGCAGCAACACUACCUGCACGCGCUACAGUACGGUCUGGGCAGCGGAGAAGAAGAGGAAGGCAGCGGAUUUCUACACCAACGAAACGUGACAGCGCACGCGAAGCUCAUGGCCUCCACGUAGCAUUGCUGAGGACAUUGCUUGCAGACGCAAACAAUUAAGACCAGAGGACUUGGGAACCGCCCUCCUUGUAUGACUGCCCAGAAAUUCUACAUUCAAGAACCUAUCCCUUCAGGAACGUAUGUUCAUUUCUAAAGAACAUGUUCCAAGUGAUCACGGCUCGAAUGGAGCGAUCGAUCGAUCAUAUGGCAGUGCAUACUUCAGUGAAAAAUACUUAUUACUUAACCCUCCUCAGUAUAUACUAAAAACGUGGCAUAUCCGUGAUACAAGUACCUACCAAUACCGAGUUAUAGGUUUCAUUGUGAUGGGGUCAGCCUGCAACCUGAUACUUCCACAGUAUCGAUGUGCUCGGUAUCCCUACUUCGGCCGUUACUCCCUUGACGACGAAGGACAUAGACACCAGGAUCUAUCAGAAGCAAGAAAGGGCUAAUUUAUAACUUUUGUGUUAAAGCUUGUGUUGUUUUUAGACCUUUUACGAGACAUCAAUUGAUUCAGCUAUUGUGAUGGUCAACGUGCACGAUUACUAAAAGCCGUUUAAGCAUUACAUGAAUACCUAAAUGUACCUACUUAUUAUGUUGUUAAGUAGGUACCUAUACCUACAGAAGAUUAUCAUGAAGGUAAAGUUAUCAUUCGAUAUCUUUCGCUGAUCUGGGUACAAUUCUUCUUAUCAGUCUUAAGGAAUCAUUGUAUGACGGUUGUAUUUUUGAAUAAGAUGAAACUGUAUGUGUUAACAAGGUGAUCAGUAUUAUUAGACUCGACAUAAAGAAUAGUCGACUGCCAAGUCUUAUUCUCGUUUCACCUAAUAGGUCUCUGGAUUCUAAAGUAAUAAGUAAUUACUAAUUUGUAUAAAAUAAAAGUUAGUUUAAGAAUUUUAAGGCUAGGUUAUAUAUAGUUAAGCGUAAGGCGAAUGUAGAAAGUAAAGUACCUACUUAGCAUGUAAAUAUCUAAUUAAACAAUUUCGACUGAACGAUACUUAGUCACUGAUGUGUAUGUAAUGGCUGUUUAUAAUAAGUUAGUUACACUUGAUGGACUUGUCGAAGCAAGUUCUACAACUGGAUACAUAACUAAUGAGACCUCGUUGUUUAGUAACUUUAUAACUAGAUGCAAAUGCAGAGACGACUCGUCCGACAGAACUAAUUAAUGCAAGUUCCUUUGACACUAGUGCCUAAACCUGACGGCUACUUUGCAUUACUUGCAACCAAUUGAGCUUCAACAGUAGCCAACAGCUGUUGGAAACUGUAGGCUUUAUUAAGGUUCCGUAGUCAAAUGAAAGCCAUUCAAACGCUUUAUUUAUUUUCUCCUUUAUUCCUUUAAGAGAGUUAUUAAAAUUUAUUUGCACCCCUUUAAAUUCUCUUUACUAAAUAUUUCUUAAAUUACAACGAAAUACGGUAAAAGCUUCUUUAUGGGCAUGACUACGGAAGCCCAAAUAAUGCGAGAUCUGACACUAUUAAUGUAUUCCGUACUCUUAGUAGGUAUGAGACGAUGACACGGUCGCAACCGCAGUCUUAUGUGUAGUCUCGAGGCACUACAAGGUUGAAGUAGAAUGGACCUAUACGACAGUGAUUUAAAGUCAAAAAUUCAGUAACACUGAUUAAACGCGCCGUAGGAGUGCGCGUUGAUGAACUGUUGAAGAACUUAAGCUUUAAACUAAAAACUUCCUUAUUAGUAGUUUUCUUUUCGAGUAGGUAUGUAUGUAUAUAUAUACGCCCACUCGAAAACUACUCAAUGGUUUAUAGGCAUUUUAAAAGGGCCUAUUUCACCAUAUAAUAACAUCUGAUAGCAUAUUCUCCUUUUCUAAGGCGAACAAUUCAUUACAAAUUGUCUUUGUCACUUGUCAUAAAGUAAGAAAAUGAUUAAACAGAAUAUUUUUAGGGUCUUAGGCCACCUUUAGGCUAUCCAACAUUUUUUGCCAGAAGGUGGUAAAACACAGACCACAAAGGGUAAAAACUUAAUGUGAAAUAAAUUUUACUAUUAUUGUAUCUGACCUACCCAUAGUAUUAUUGUAAUAGACUAUGUAACACUCAAUCAUCUGCACAAUUUUGGGCUCUCACUGUAGCAAUCUCAUGAAGGAAUAGAUCUAAGAACAAUGCGCAUUUAUUAAUAGGUGUAUAUAGUAAAGUUAAUUAUAAAAAUGAUAUAAAGUUGUAGUGCAUUUUUCAAACACUUUAUUUAAAAACAACUUUUUAUAACAACAUACAAAUGGAUCUCUUAGUUAUGAAGAGAAAUGUACAAUAUUACAUUAAAACUAUUAGUGCACUUA